AUGGCCGCCAGGAUCACCCUCCAGAGCUACCUCAAGGCUCCCAAGACGACAUCCCUCGCCAAUGGCAUCAAGAACACGCGCAGUAUCGCGACCUUCAAGGUGCCAGCGGUGAACAACGAGCCCAAUCCUACUUACUCCAGAGGUACUGUGGACCGCGAAAAGCUCGCAGCUGCUCUGAAGAGCUUCAGACAGCAAGCUCCCAUUGAUGUGCCUGUCAAGAUUGCCGGCAAGACUAUCUCCAACCAGACCAAGCUCUCGCAAUCCGACCCUUCGGCCCACGCCAACUCUGUUGCAUCCUACAGCAACGCCUCCUCCCAGGACGUCUCAGCUGCCAUCGAUGCCGCUCUGGCCGCUAAGCCAGCAUGGGAGAACCUUCCCUUUGCCGACCGUGCUGCCGUCUUUCUCAAGGCCGCCGACCUGAUUGCUGGCAAAUACCGCUACGAAAUCAUGGCUGCUACCAUGGCCGGCCAGGGCAAGAACGCAUACCAGGCUGAGAUCGAUGCCGCUGCUGAGCUUUGCGACUUCCUCCGCUUCAACGUUCAGUAUGCUCAAGACACAUACGCUCACCAGCCCACACACAACUCCCCCGGAGUCUGGAACCGUGUCGAGUACCGUCCUCUCGAGGGCUUCGUUUAUGCUGUAUCGCCUUUCAACUUCACUGCCAUUGGAGGCAACCUUGCGUGUGCCCCUGCUCUGAUGGGCAACGUCGUCGUCUGGAAGCCCUCGCCCGCCGCCAUGGCUUCCAACUACCUUCUCUACAAGAUCCUUCUCGAGGCUGGCCUUCCCGAAGGUGUCAUUCAGUUCAUCCCCGGUGAUGCUGCAGAGGUAACCAAGGUUGUCCUCGCCCACCGUCAAUUCGCUGCUCUCCACUUCACCGGCUCCACUUCUGUCUUCCGUAGCCUGUACGGUCAGAUCGCCAAUGGAGUUGCUGAGGGCCGCUACCAGGGCUACCCUCGUAUCGUCGGUGAGACUGGUGGUAAGAACUUCCAUCUCAUCCACCCCUCAGCCGAUGUCUCCAACGCCGUCAUCAACACCGUCCGUGGUGCAUUCGAGUACCAAGGUCAGAAGUGCUCUGCCACUUCCCGCGCAUACUUCCCUGCCUCGCUAUGGAGCAGCGUGAAGGAGGGUCUCAAGUCCGAGACCGAGAAGCUGAAGAUUGGCGACCCCGAGGACUACUCCAACUUCAUCGGACCCGUCAUCCACCAAGGCAGUUUCGACAAGUUGAGCAAGGUCAUCGACGAGGCCAAGAACGACUCUGAGCUCGAGCUCAUCGUCGGCGGCAAGUAUGACGGCUCAAAGGGCUUCUACAUCCACCCCACCAUCUAUGCCACAAGUAACCCCAACCACCCUCUUCUCAAGCAAGAGCUUUUCGGCCCCGUCCUCUGCGUCUACGUCUACGACGACGCUGCUCCCAACGCCUUUGCCAACAUCUGCAAGGACAUUGACGCCUCUUCCGACUAUGCCUUGACUGGUGCAGUGUUUGCUCAAGACCGCUAUGCCAUCCGCUUCGCCGAAGAAGCUCUCCGCAACACCGCUGGUAACUUCUACAUCAACGUCAAGUCUACCGGAGCUGUUGUUGGUCAGCAGCCUUUCGGUGGUGCCAGAGCAAGCGGUACCAACGACAAGGCUGGCAGUGCAAACCUUUUGGCUCGCUUCGUCAGCAUGCGUGCCAUCAAGGAGGACUUUGUCGGCAGCAACCAGGUCAUCUACCCCAGCAAUGAGGUUUAA